UUCCUUGAGGUUGAUACUACUUUUACUGGAAGAAUAUGAUUAUCUUUUGAGAAACAUUUCUUAAUUCUUACCCUAAUGAACCGGGCCCGUUGCUGUCCUCUACUCAGUUGAUCUCUUAACAUUUCUUAUUUGCUCAACCUCCUAAAUGCUUCUGGUUCUGGUUCCUCUUCUGUUCAAAAUGUUGGUGAUUCCAAAAGUUCAACUAAAUUAUUCGUCUUGCCUGAAACCUCAACUCAAUCAUGUGCAAAUUUUACGUUUUCCUGUAUGUUCUGGUUUCAUACAGAAUACAGUACCGUUUUCUAUACGUAUCUUACAAGAAACAUGAAGUGAACGAAAUUAUCGGUUGGUUAGUUGGUUGGUUGAUGAAACAGUUUUAAAAAUCAACCCUUGCGCCUCUUCAAGUUUGUGGAUGUAAGCCGGUACACAGUUAGAUGAACAGAGGACUACUUGCGCCACCAACACUUGCGUCAGAAUAUCAGAAGCUUUCUCAUGUAGAAAGACAAUGCUUGGAAAUGGAGUUGUUGGAAUCCUAUCUGAGACUACUAACAAAUGGGAACGGAGGGCACCUCUUACUCCUUCUCACUGUGCUCGAUUGCUACAUGGUGGCAAGGGUAAAACUGGAGUAGCCCGCAUUAUUGUGCAGCCAUCAACAAAACGUAUCCAUCAUGAUUCUCUCUAUGAGGAUGUUGGGUGUGAGAUAUCAGAUGACUUGUCAGAAUGUGGUCUUAUAUUAGGUAUCAAGCAACCAAAGUUGGAGAUGAUUCUUCCCGAUAGAGCCUUCGCCUUUUUUUCCCAUACCCACAAGGCACAGAAAGAAAACAUGCCGCUACUAGAUAGGAUCUUAGCUGAAAGGGCAUCAUUGUUUGAUUAUGAGCUUAUUGUUGGUGACGACGGGAAAAGGCUGCUUGCAUUUGGCAAAUUUGCUGGUAGGGCAGGACUGAUUGAUUUCUUACGUGGACUGGGACAACGAUAUCUUAAUCUGGGAUACUCAACGCCAUUCCUCUCACUGGGUGCAUCUUACAUGUAUCCUUCCUUGGCUGCUGCAAAGGCUGCAGUCAUUUCUGUGGGUGAAGAGAUUGCAACUUUUGGACUUCCACCCGGAAUCUGUCCUCUAGUGUUUGUAUUCACUGGUUCAGGAAAUGUUUCUCUUGGGGCCCAAGAAAUAUUCAAGCUUCUUCCUCACACGUUUGUAGAUCCAAGCAGACUUCCGGAGUUAUUUGGGAUGCCUGUCAAUUCUCAAUCUGCAAGGACAUCAAAGAGGGUCUUCCAAGUAUAUGGUUGUGUGGUGACUUGUCAAGACAUGGUUGAACCUAAAGCUGGUACAAAAUCAUUUAGCAAAGCUGACUACUAUGCACAUCCAGAGCACUACAACCCCAUUUUCCAUGAAAAGAUAGCUCCAUAUGCAUCUGUGAUAGUCAAUUGCAUGUAUUGGGAGAAAAGAUUUCCUCGGUUGUUGACUACCAACCAGGUGCAAGAUCUCAUGAGGAAAGGUUGCCCACUCGUUGGAAUUUCUGACAUAACUUGUGACAUUGAAGGCUCAAUAGAGUUUGUUGACCAAAAUACAUUAAUUGACUCACCUUUCUUCAGAUAUGAUCCUAUCAAUAACUCGUACCAUCAUGAUAUGGAUGGAAAUGGUAUAAUAUGUUUGGCCAUUGACAGUCUACCCACUGAGUUUGCAAGAGAGGCUUCACAUCAUUUUGGCGACAUCCUAUCCCAAUUUAUUGGCAAUUUGGCUUCUACAGGGAGCAUUGAAGAGUUACCUACUCACUUAAAACGAGCAUGUAUAGCACAUGGUGGAGCUAUUACUCCCUUAUUUGAAUAUAUUCCCCGAAUGCAAAACUCUAAUGCAGGAGAUUUAUCAGAAAAUCUUGUGGACAGCCACUCAAAUAAGAAGAAAUACAGCAUACUGGUCUCCUUGAGUGGCCAUCUGUUUGAUCAGUUUCUGAUAAAUGGGGCUUUGGACAUUAUUGAAGCUGCAGGUGGCUCCUUUCACUUGAUUAAGUGUCAAGUGGGUCAAAGUGCAAAUGCUAUGUCUUAUUCAGAACUUGAAGUGGGUGCUGAUGACAGUGCAGUUCUAGAUCAAAUUGUUGAUUCUUUGACUUCUAUUGCCAAUCCUAGUCAAUUUCAGGGAUUAUUAAACAAAGAAAAGAACAUGCUAUCAAUAAAAGUUGGUAAAAUCCAUAAAGGUGACUUCGGUAAGGGAGACAAUACAAAAAAGAAAAGUGUGGUCCUAAUUCUUGGUGCAGGCCGGGUCUGUCGACCAGCUGCUGAGUUCUUAGCAUCAAUAGGAAGCAUUUCUUCUCAGCAAUUUUUGAAAACAUGCACAGAAGAUGAAUUUGAAGAGCCAAAUGAUGUUCAAGUCAUUGUUGCAUCUCUUUACUUAAGAGAUGCAGAAGAGAUAAUUGAAGGUAUUCCAAAUGCAAAAGCAGUUCAACUUGAUAUCAUGGAUAGUGGAAGUCUUCAUAAGUACAUCUCACAGGUUGAAGUCGUUAUCAGUUUAUUGCCUCCUAGUUGCCACAGCAUCAUAGCAAAGGCAUCUAUUGAGCUUAGGAAACAUCUUGUCACUGCUAGCUAUGUUGAUGAUUCCAUGUUAAAGCUAGAUGAAGCGGCAAAGAGUGCUGGUAUUACUAUUCUUGGUGAGAUGGGUUUGGAUCCUGGCAUAGAUCAUAUGAUGGCAAUGAAAAUAAUCAACCAAGCACAUGUCAGGGGAGGGAAUAUUCGAUCUUUUACUUCUUACUGUGGGGGCCUUCCAUCCCCAGAGGCUGCAAAUAACCCUUUAGCUUACAAGUUCAGUUGGAAUCCAGCUGGAGCUAUCCGAGCCGGGCAAAAUCCAGCCACUUACAGAUCUCAAGGAGUAACCAUACAUGUUGACGGUAAUGAUCUCUAUGAUUCGGCCACGAGAUUCCGAAUACCUGAUCUUCCAGCUUUUGCAUUGGAGUGCCUCCCAAAUCGCAAUUCUUUGGUCUAUGGGGACUUAUAUGGAAUAGGACAUGAAGCUUUUACCAUUUUUCGAGGAACCCUUCGUUAUGAAGGAUUUGGAGAAAUAAUGGGGACACUAGCAAGAAUUGGUUUCUUUAACACAGAAGUUCAUCCAAUGCUUAAAAAUGAAAAGAGAGCCACAUACAUGUCAGUCCUGCUUGAACUUCUGAGCAUUCAAAAUCAUGAUUUGGAUGGAAUAGUGAUGAAAGAGAAGGAUGUCAUGGACAGAAUUGUUGCACUUGGGCUUUGCAAAGACCAAGGAACAGCAGCCAAGACAGCUAGAACCAUCAUAUUUUUGGGAUUUCAUGAGGAGACUGAAAUUCCUGUAUCCUGUCAAAGUGCAUUUGAUGUUACCUGUCUCCGCAUGGAAGCAAGGCUAGCGUACUCCUGCUCUGAACAGGACAUGGUGCUUUUGCACCAUGAAGUGGAGGUAGACUUCCCAGAUGGCCGAAAGGCAGAGCACCAUCAGGCCACUCUGCUGGAAUAUGGGAGGACCAAGAAUGGGAAAACAACUACUGCUAUGGCUUUCACUGUUGGGAUUCCAGCAGCCAUUGGAGCUGUGCUCUUACUUUCAUACAAGAUCAAGUCAACAGGUGUCUUAAGGCCUACUGAGCCUGAAGUUUAUGUGCCAGCACUUGAUAUUUUACAAGCUUAUGGGAUCAAGUUACUGGAGAAGAUUGACUGAAUUGGAUUGUAUUUUAUGAGAACUCUUACCUGAUAUAUCUGGUCUUUACUCUGAAGAUGGGAUAUUAGUGUGAUGCCUUAUACCAGGAAUGGUAUGGCGUGCUUGCGUCUUGUAAAUAAAUAAAAUCAUUGAAGAUACAAAAUUGUUAAAUUAGACCGACUUCGCAGUACUGGGGAUUGUGGCAUCAGUUAACAAGUACUCCCAUAGGCCAUAGUUAUACCAAAUCGUACAAGUGAAACAAUCUGGGCGAUGAGGAAUAUAUUCCCACACAACCAUAAUUAUUGGUUA